GCGCCAAAAAGAAAAAAUACAAACAGAAAUUAAACAACAAAUAACAAGAGGAAAAACAUAAUGCAGGAUAUAUUCCCUUCACUAGACGUCCUCUUCCUAGGUCUACCAGGUCACUAUUCGGUAGCACUAGUCACGUUACUCAUCUGCGUUUUGAUUGCUCUCUAUUUCGCCAACUUCUUCAAGGACAAAACCGAACUGGAGGAUGAGGGAUUGGGAGCCGACGAGCCACGCGACGAGGAGGAUUCCGAAUCAAGGACACCGCAGGGGGAGGAAACCGAUGACGAUGAAGCCUACGAGGAGAACUCCACCGAAAGCGAAGUUGAGUUCUUCGAGGAACAGGAACCAGGCCACAAUUACAACCACCUGAUGGGCCAGUUCAAGGCCAAGAGACUGCAUCACAAGAUGGAGAAGACCCUGACUCCCAGCCAGAUCGAGGAGGAGCGCCGAAUAGAGCGAGAGCAGCUGGCGGCCAUUUUCGAUCUUCUGCGCAAACAGGAGGUGGAAUUGAAUCUCCAGGACCGCAUCAGCGACCAGGAUCUCAAGCAGCAGGUGCGGCUUUACCGCUAAAGAGGAGGGAAACGAAGGCUCAGCUUACCUGAAAGCAGAAACUAGUGUGAUCAAUAAGUUAUAUGUUCAAGUAUUCCAGUUUUGCUGUUACCAUAUGCCGCUCACUUAUAGUAGGACCGUCUUUUAAAAACUAGUUUUAUUAGUUUAUUAAUUUUCUGCACAACUAUUAUUUUACUUCAAAGUUAUAUCCACUUCCUCAAGUCCCUAAUCUAAGUUUUAAAAUGAGAUUAAUUUCGUUUCUUUUCAUAAUUUGUAGUAUGUGAGCGUUAUAUGAUUUUGCUAAUCUUAAUUAAGUUUAAAUCAGCUUACGAACUAAAGACCUUUAUUGGUAAUGUUAGAAGAUGUUUCAGCUUAAGCAUAAAAUCUAAAAGCAGACUAUGUGUAUAUAGCGAUAUACUUUUGGCAAACUAAAGUAUUUUCGUAUAAUUAGUUGCCAAAUCUAUCGGUUAGUUCAAAAAGUACUUACAUAGCUUUAGUUUUAUUAAUACAAGUAUAUGUUGAAUAAAGAGUGUGAAAUGCUGUAUAAACCGAAGCUAAAUAUA